AUGGAGCGGUGGAAAACCCUGUCAAGCCCUAGUCAGCAGGAAGAGGAAGCCGUAGAGCUGGGAGACGUGGAGCAGACACCCGGGUCCCCGAAUGACGAGCUGAAGCAGGAGGAGACUAGAGGAAAAGCCUUGAACUCCAGAGCUCUUGCCGGUAGACCCAAGCCAUCCAGGCAGGAGGAUCCGCGCCGCCUGGACCCCCCGCAAAACUGCAGCGGCCGUGACUGCGCUGAAGCAGGGCUGUCACCCGCUCCCCCGAUAAUCCGCGUCCAGUCCCCGGAUGGCGUGAAGCGGAUCACAGCCACCAAGAGAGAAACAGCUGCAGCGUUUCUGAAAAAGGUCGCAAAGGAGUUUGGGUUCCAAAAUAAUGGCUUCUCCGUUUACAUCAAUAGAAACAAGACUGGAGAAAUCACCGCAUCAUCUACCAAAUCUCUCAGUCUGCUCAAAAUCAAACAUGGAGAUCUGCUGUUCCUGUUCCCCUCGGGCCUCGCCGGCCCCUCGUCGGAGAUGGAGACGUCGGCCCCGCCGGGGCUGAAGGCCUGCGGCGCCCCCAGCGUGGUGGAGGACGAGAUCGACCAGUACCUGAGCAGGCAGGACGGCAAGAUCUACAGGGGCCGCGACCCCCAGCUGUGCCGGCACGGCCCCCUGGGGAAAUGUGUGCACUGUGUUCCGCUAGAGCCGUUCGACGAGGACUACCUGAACCAUCUGGAACCGCCGGUGAAGCACAUGUCCUUCCACGCCUACAUCCGGAAGCUGACUGGGGGGGCCGACAAGGGGAAGUUUGUGGCUCUCGAGAACAUCAGCUGCAAGAUUAAGUCAGGAUGCGAGGGACACCUGCCGUGGCCUAAUGGCAUCUGCACCAAGUGCCAGCCGAGUGCCAUCACGCUGAACAGACAGAAAUACAGACACGUGGACAAUAUCAUGUUUGAGAAUCACACGGUUGCCGAUCGCUUCCUUGACUUCUGGAGGAAGACCGGGAACCAGCAUUUCGGGUAUUUGUAUGGACGGUACACAGAGCACAAAGACAUUCCUCUUGGGAUCAGGGCCGAAGUGGCUGCAAUUUAUGAGCCUCCUCAGAUUGGCACACAGAACAGCCUGGAGCUUCUGGAAGACCCCAAAGCGGAGGUGGUGGAUGAAAUUGCUGCCAAGCUUGGUCUGAGGAAGGUUGGCUGGAUAUUUACAGACCUCGUCUCAGAAGACACUCGGAAGGGCACAGUGCGAUACAGUCGGAAUAAGGACACCUAUUUCCUGAGUUCGGAAGAGUGUAUCACGGCAGGAGACUUCCAGAACAAGCAUCCCAACGUAUGUCGGCUCUCUCCAGAUGGACAUUUUGGAUCCAAGUUCGUUACUGCAGUGGCUACAGGUGGUCCCGACAACCAGGUCCACUUUGAAGGGUACCAGGUGUCCAAUCAGUGCAUGGCGCUGGUCCGUGACGAGUGUCUGCUGCCGUGCAAGGACGCCCCCGAGCUCGGCUAUGCCAAGGAGUCCAGCAGCGAGCAGUACGUGCCUGACGUGUUUUAUAAGGACAUAGACAAGUUUGGCAAUGAGAUCACCCAGCUGGCCCGGCCCCUGCCCGUGGAAUAUCUGAUCAUAGAUAUCACAACAACUUUCCCCAAGGAUCCAGUUUAUACUUUUUCUAUUUCACAAAAUCCAUUUCCUAUUGAGAACCGGGAUGUUUUGGGUGAAACGCAGGACUUCCACAGUUUGGCCACCUAUCUGUCCCAGAAUACAUCCUCCGUGUUCCUGGACACCAUCUCGGAUUUCCAUCUCCUGCUGUUUCUGGUCACCAAUGAGGUCAUGCCCCUGCAGGACAGCAUCAGCCUGUUGCUGGAGGCCGUGAGGACCAGAAGCGAGGAGCUCGCGCAGACGUGGAAGAAGUCCGAGCAGUGGGCCACCAUCGAGCAGCUCUGUAGCACGGUCGGAGUGCAGCUGCCAGGCCUGCAGGAGUACGGGGCCGUGGGCGGCUCCGCGCACGCCGCCGCGGCCGCCAUGUGGGCCUGUCAGCACUGCACCUUCAUGAACCAGCCGGGCACCGGCCACUGCGAGAUGUGCAGCCUCCCUAGGACCUAGGGCCCCGGCCCCUGCUGGCGGGACGCGGCCCCCGCAGCCCUCUCCGAAGCCGGGGUCAUUGCGACUGUCGCCCCGCAGUGGGCAGGCCUGAAGGGCGGGGCAGGGGGGCUGCCCUCGAGUCUCUGACCCACGAAGCUUCUCAACGCCAGGCUUCCGUGGAGGGAGAGCCAGCCUGGUGCUCUGUGGGCUGACAGCGGCCUCCUCGCGAGCGGCAUGGUGGUCCCCCCGGCCGCCCCGCCCCGGCCUCGAGGUGGUGGAAGGCCCAGGCACCUCGGAGCCUCGCCUGGGGUCGGGCGGCGCGGAGGCCCUCCUGCUGCCAUCCAGCUUUCUCUUCCCCUCCCUCCGGAUGCUUUCUGUUCCUGCCCCUCCCGUGGCUCCAGUGGGGGCGGUGCGCUGUCCCUUUGCUCCAGGCAGACCCUGCCUAUGAGGCCGCUUCUCCCCGUGCCGUAGCCCCGGUCUGGCGGAGACUGAGCGGCACCGGGGUCGUCGGCCUCCCGUCUGCUUGAGCUGCGGCUCGGCUCGCUGCCCACCCUUCUCGCUCUCACCACACACCCAGGUGGGAAUUUUAAAGUCUGCGUUGGUUGUAAUAACAGUUAUCAGUAAUUUGUGCCCGGAAGACUUUUAUUUAUUUCUUUUUAUGAUAAAAACAACGUAAAAGGGGAGUGAGAGAGACUAGUUUCCACUUCCUGUCCUCCCGCCCAGAGUCCCUAGGAGUGGGCACCGAGUGGGCACAGGGUGGGUGAGGGUGGACAGACCCCAGUCAGUUCUUGGAAGUAAACCUCAGUGCCUGAGACUUUCCUGCCAAGCCACACGGCCGCCACAGCUGCAGACUCGGUGGCCCAUCAGGAGGGCAGCGGUGGCUCCCACCAAGCAUCACCCCCACCGCAGAGGCCUCGGAGCAGGGCUGCGUGGGGCGAGCUGGGCUAUCUAGGACCAGAAGCUCUGGCCGUUGGCGCAGGGCCACGUGAGAGAGUAGGGGUGUGGCCUGCAGUGAGGGCCGCCGAGACUGCCGUGGGGGUCCCGGGACAGGGGUCGAGAUCAGACCUUGCACGUGUGCUCUGGGGUCCCCAGAGACUUGUGAGCAGCACCCUGAUGCCUCUUUGCCUUAACGAGGGCCACGUCUUGUAGCUGCAUGACGCCCACAUGACAGGCCGGCCCGGACUCGGGCGUGCUGAGGGCCUCCUGGCUCUGCCCUGGGAGGCGGGCCUGGGAGACGCUCCCUUACCCGUUCUCUGCAUGUUGGCUGCUUUUGUGGUAAGGGUUGUGCCUGGUACCUCAAAGUGCACCCGGCGAGGGGCACACAAGAUCUGUCGGCUCUCCAGGUCAGGGGCCAGGCAGGUGGGUCUGGCCUCAGCAGAGCUGUCAGUUGGGAGCGGGAGAGGUGCAGAGUGGCCGGCUUGCAGCAGAGUCCCUGCCAGUGUGGCCCAUGUCCUCUGGCCCCUGUGAUCCGACGUGAGGCUGCGGAGGACCCUACCCUCCGCCUGCGUGUCUCCAGCCCCCCCCCCCCCCCCCCCCAGUGCACACCGGUUCUCCCGGUGUCACCUUCACCCACCUGCUACUCUGUCUCUCUUCAGCCAACAGUCUCCUCACUGGUGUCCUGGCAGACGCGGACCGCGUUUCCUUCUCUUCGCUGAAGGAAAAGAGUUGGGAUUUCUCUGAUCUGGUUGCAAGUCACUCUUUGUUCAGUAACGCACUUUAUUUUAUUGUCCAGAUAGAUUCAGAGCUCAGCAUGAGGGUGUGGGGGGCAUGGCCUUGGCCACGGGCAUGCAGCCACCUCCUCUCACCCAGGGCGGGGCCCUCCAGCCCUAGCCGCACCCUCCUGUCGCCAGGCGAGGGCGACCUCGUGCUCCCCUGUCCAGGCCCGGCCGCCUCUGACCAGUCCGCUCCUGGUGCUCGCGCUCAGCUCCACUUGGGGCUUGCAGGGGUGCAGCAGUUGGGUUUGCAUUAGCGUUACCUGGACUCCGGCCCUGCCGGGAAACUAAUAAAACACCUGAAGUGAC